AUGUUCUUGAUAUAUCUAUCCUUACUUGCUUCCUUACAUGUGGCACUAGCUGUCCCAAUAGACGUAUACCCUUCAGCCAUUUUCAAACUUGGUGUACCACUCUAUACGUAUUACCAGGACGAGUUGAACGGAGUCAAGUUUGGCGCGGUCACGAUCGAUAUCAAUUUGACCAUAUCCGGUGUCGAGCAAGAGGGUGAAAGGAAUUUUACCUGGAUCACUUUCCAGCACCCUUCAAACCCUGAGGGUAGGCUAGGUGAACCAAUAUGGAACAUAUCUUGUACGGCAAUAGCCAAAAAAGGCUUUGAAGGAGUUGCCGAAUUCACUCUGAGAGAUACUUAUCCUUGGAUAACCGCUGGAGUGAACGCUUCCGGAGUAAGGGAUGGGACAUCCGGUAUACAAUGUCCUGAGGGAAAGUGUGUCAGUGAGAUAUGCCAAGGGCAAGAAAUACCGGUCAUUGAUACUUUUUUGAACUCGUAUUGA